AUGCGACCCAUACGCUCGUCCGCUGCAACGCUGCGUGCAUAUCCCUCAUCCGGACAUCCCACUCUCCUCCGCGCGCAGAGGCAAAGGCCGCAACCAUGUCUUUUCUGUGCAAGUCGUACGCCCCCAUCAAUAUAUCAGCGACGCGACAAGUCCACCUCAGAAGCGGAAAACCGGUCACACUACUCGUUUUUCCCGACCACGCUGCCCUCGGGCCCUCCACCGCAUGGCGCGUUCAAGGUUGACAUUAACGCUCUGAAACGAGAGUUUUUACAGCUGCAGGCGCGCGCGCAUCCCGAUCGCCACCCCCAAGAAGAUAAGAAUAAGGCCCAAGCACUCAGCGCGCGUAUCAACGAAGCAUACAAAACACUACAGAAUCCUUUGCUACGUGCUCAGUACCUAUUGAGUCUGCGGGGCAUCGAAGUGGCUGAGGACGAGACGGCGAAAGUGGAAGAUCCGGAUCUUUUGAUGGAAGUCCUGGAGACAAGGGAGGAGAUUGAGGAAGCCCAAAGUGAGGAAGAUUUGGUGCAAAUGAAAACAAAGAACGAGGAGAGAGUUGAGAAGAGCGUCAAGGUUUUAGAGGAGGCCUUCGAGAAAGAUGAUAUGGACACUGCGAAGAGUGAGGCUGUGAAACUCCGGUACUGGAUCAACAUCAAAGAAAGCUUAGACGCGUGGGAGGAAGGCAAACCGGUUGUGCUGCAGCAUUAG